AUGUUCAAGACCAUCGAGGAUGCGUUGGUGAUAGCUAAGGCCUGCCUUGCAUAUCGACUAAAGCGUCAUUGGAAAGUGGAGUAUCGAAAGGCAACCGAGAGGAGCACAGAAGACGACAUGUCGACUGGGCUCCAAAAGUCCUGCGCAGCAGUCUAUGCGCCCUUCUCUUUCGGCCGCAAGUUGUCCAGGUGCGAGGGUGCAGCGAAUCCGAGGACGGGUCACGGCGCACAGGGUGCUGUGCGGCACAGGGUGCUGUGCGGCACAGGGUGCUGUGCGGCACAGGAGACCCGCUAG